AGCCGUUAUUACAGCUGCGACGAUUAAAAAAGGCACCGACCCCGUUCUCAAUCACACGCAAUCUAUCACUCCCGUCCACGUAUCACAUUUCGCAUCGACCUCCAUUGUAGGUUUACAGCUCAGUUGCCAACCUUGCGCACUCACUCCAGAAACUGUAGCGCACGAUCCAAUCUAUCAAUAUCCAGUCAUCAACCACUUACGACUCCCUCCGCCGCAAAUGCCUCUUUUGUGUUCACGCGAUCCGGACUGAGCGUCUAUCUUCCAACACACUGGAUGCCUUUUUCACGGGGAUUUUGCUGAAACUGAACACUCUAUUAGUUAAAAGAGACAAUUGGUUACGCAGGUCGUCUACAAGUGUGCAGAAGAAAGCUCUUUAUUAAUCGCAGUAAAGUGUACACAUGGCAGAUCAUGGACAUCUUGCCACCUUGAUUUUGCUUGUUUUGAGAGACAGGGAGUUGAACAACAACGACCAUUUCUCACUUUCUCGUAGCAAGCAGUUAGCUCUGAUCUCUGAUUCCCACCUCAAAAUCGUCUGCUCCUUCUGUAUAUGUGUUCCUUCAAGUUUCUGGUUCCGACUUUGGAAAGAUUUCCAAAGCUAUGGAAGAUGAAAGGGAAAUAAUCUAUUCUAGAAGCCCACAAGUCUCCGGCUACUUGGACAAGGAAGGAGUGGUUGAAUUGAGGAGCUUUAGAUUGUGCCUGAAAUGGGUGUGUCUGGACCAAUCCAACAUCUGGAGAUCUGGGCUCUCAUGGUCCAUCUUCUUUCUCCUCUCCUUUGGAGUCCCACUUUUAUCCAACUUUGCCCUCUCGUGCUCCAGCUGCGACGAUGACCAUACCCGGCCUUAUCACUCUGUGGUACAGAUAUCCCUUUCUAUAUUCGCCACGCUCUCCUUCGUCUGCCUUACUCGUUGGGCUCGUAAAUUUGGUCUCAGAAGGUUUCUCUUCCUUGAUAAAUUAAGCGAUGCCAGUGACAAAGUCCAACAUGGGUAUGCAGAGCAGAUCCAGAGGUCAAUGAAGCUUCUGUUGAUUUUUAUCCUCCCCUGCUUUGGUGCCGUUAGUGCAUACAAAGUUUGGUGGUAUGUCUCAGGAGCUACAGAACUUCCCUAUUAUGGUAACAUCUACCUCAGUGACACUAUUUUAUGCACAUUGGAGCUGUGUUCAUGGCUUUAUCGGACGUCAAUUUUCUUCCUCGUCUGCUUUCUCUUCCGACUUAUUUGCUAUCUUCAAAUACUCAGACUGGAAGACUUCGCUCAAACUUUCCAGAAAGAAACUGAGGUGGGAUCAAUCUUGCUGGAACACCUCAGAAUCAGAAGAAAUCUCAGGAUCAUCAGCCAUCGGUUCCGAGCAUUCAUUUUGUCGUGUCUAGUUUUAGUCACGGCCAGUCAGCUCAUUUCUCUUCUCAUGACAAUUCGGUCCAGUGCUAAGGUCAAUAUCUUCAAGGCUGGAGAACUUACAAUAUGCUCAAUUAGCCUGGUAACUGGGCUUUUCAUAUGCCUGCGCAGUGCGACAAAGAUCACACACAGAGCACAUUCCAUUACAAGUCUAGCUGCAAAGUGGCAUGCCUGUGCCACGAUAAACUCUUUUGAUAACACGGACGGUGAGACUCCAAGAGGUCAGAUCACUUCCGCUCAAGUAUUUCAUAUGAGUGCUGUCUGGGAAUCAGAUGAUGAAGAAGGGGAUGGAGAUGAUGAUCUAGACAACACCAAGUUGGUGCCAAUCUUUGCGCAUACAAUUUCAUUCCAGAAAAGGCAAGCUCUAGUGACAUAUUUGGAGAACAAUAAAGCAGGAAUCACAGUGUUUGGGUUCAUGCUGGACAGAACAUGGCUCCACUCCAUUUUCGUUAUUCAACUAGCACUUCUACUCUGGCUGCUCAACAAGACAGUCGUACUCCAUCACGGAAUUAACUCCGCCUGCCCCAAAAGAAAAAGACAAAAACCUUAGCUGAGAGAACUGAUCAACGACUACAUUGUGCUCUACCCGUGUUCGAUUAAUGAGGGGAUUCAAUGGGAUUCAGUUGUGGAUCGCAUAGCCAAGUGCACCUUUCUAAGACUAAUUUGCUGCAAUACUGAUAAGAGAAGAAGAUCAGAAAAUGUUGAGCUAUCAAAUUUAGAAGUGGGGACAUGCGAGUACUUGAUAAAGGAAGAGCAGCUCAAAUUAUGACAAGUAUUGGUAGAAACUGACUCGACUUGGGCUAUAUAGCACAUAUGAUGGUAAUUUGGUUAUAAUUUUGGCUAUGAAUAUUAAGUUCUUUUCGGUGUGCAUGUCAUGAUCACCAUGCUAUGCAAGUCGGGUGUCGUUUUAGACCCUAAAUAUGUUGUUUUCCCAUUCAACUCGAUAUUCAAGAUACUUGCAUUUUAAAAUUUCGUCUCUUGUUCGAUAAUGAUUUUGAUUUUGAUCGGAUUUGUGACAACUUUUUGUUUUAGCAUGUUUAAUCUUCUCCUAGUUGUUCUCUGAUUUCCGUGGAGGCAUAGAGUUUCUCUGCUCUAUCCAUAAUUUCUUUCUUUUUGGAUUCCUUGUGUUUUUACAAUUCACAACUUUUUGUUAUUAACAUGUCGCCAAGAUCAUUCUAUUCUAGGUUUGGCUCGACUCUUGGACCAAGUGCCAACAUUAUAUUAUUAAUUGAAUUUUGUUUGUUAAUGCAAUUAUUGUUCCUUGUGAAAAGAAUUAAGCAGAGUCAAACCCAAAAAAGAAAAAUUGAACUCUUCUUGGAUCUCCUAAUAUUAUUGUGAAGAGCAGAUAUACUUGUAAGAGAAUCGAGAAAAACUAGAAAACCUUUAGAAUCAUAUUAAUGAUUUCAUUCACGCAUGCAUAUAAUGGCAAACAACAAGAUCUGCUACAUAUAAUUCUUGCAUCACACAACAUAUUUCGUUACUGUAAUUCUAUCCUCAAGUUUUUUACUUUAUUUUAUUGUCAUCCAAAACCUCUUGUGGGAUCACUGAGAUCUGUACAACACCAAAGAAAAACAUAUCAGUGCUGGGAAUACACAGAAAAUAAGUUCUUUCAUCAGGGAGAGAGAGAUUACUUGUUGCAGUCCACGUUGGGGUCAAUGGGGACAGGAUUUUCGACAUUGCAAAGCUGGGGAAGCCUCGUGGUUAAGUCCUUGAACACCGAGACAGCAGGAAAAGCCUGGAAAAUCAGGGCGAGUACCCACCAAGAAGGGCCGACAGGGCAGCAAACUGGCAAAAUCACCAACCCAAAAGCCAACGCAGACAAACCCCUCAUUUUCUUGACACAAUGGACUUUCUUCCUGAUCAUCUGCUACAGAAAUUAACGAAUUUGCUUUAGAUUGUGUAGAAGCAACCUCAAUUUAUAAGGGUGUGCCACAAGUGAGCUUAAAGAAACCAUUGAACCGAGUUAAAACACUUCGUUUUUUUAGGAGAAGGAUUUUCAACCUCCUUUUUUAAGCUUUUCAAUUAUGAAAGCAUGUACUGUAUACUUUCCAAUUCUGAUACAUGAGGUUAAUUGAGUAUUUUCAUAUUAAUUGUUCCCUAA